GUCGUUCUUCUUGUGCGGUUGUAUCUAUGGUUAAUGCGAUUCCCUCGAACUAGGGUUAUCAUUCUUCCACACUAUAUAUAGUAUAUACGUCUGCUCGAAACCCUAAUAUACGUUAUGAAACCCUCCGAAAAAAACCCCAAAAUGAACCCAGAAUUCUUCAAAAAUCUGCCAUCAGAGAUCAUCAUCGAAAUUCUAUCAAGGCUUCCAAUUCGAAGCAUCGCAAUCUGCAAAUGCGUCUGCAAAUCGUCGCAAUAUCUGCUCCAGACUCGCGAAUUCGUCGAUUCGCAUCUUUCGAAAUCGGUGCCAGGGCUCGUUACUUGCUACGAAUUCUACGAGUACAAAGUUUUCGAAUUUGGGGAUGAACUCGAUCUCAAAGGUGAGUACAAACCCGUCACUGAAUUGGAUUGCGAGAAUUCGAUUAGCCCCUCAGUUAUCAAAGGUUCUGUUAAUGGCUUGCUUCUUCUGCACCCAGAUGUAUCUAAAUACCACGAUCUCUUCAUUAGCAAUCCGAUUAAUCGCGAUUAUAUCGAUAUUCAGAAUAAGGGGAUGCACAAUCACCAUUAUUUUGAUGGAUUAGUCAGUUAUGGUUUUGGGGUGAGCGAAGUGAGUGGUGAGUAUAAGGUUGUUAGGAUUGUUCAGAAGUGUGUUCGCCAUAGCAGUACAAACGAAGUGCGGAGGAUUACGAAGUCGAUUUGUCACGUCUACACUCUCGGAACUCGGAAAUGGAGAAAAAUCGAACCUUGCGGCUUGAUGGGGAACAAGGAUUAUUCGAUUGGUGCGUUUCUUAAUGGGAGCCUUCACUGGUUUGUAGAAGAUUUCAAGGGCUCGUAUUCGAUUUUGUGCUUUGAUCUCGAGGAGGAAACUUUUAGCACGUUUUCGCUUCCUUCGCUACUUACCGACAGGGAAACAGGUCUUCAGGUGCUGGUAGCUUUGGGGGAUUACUUGUGCAUAAGUGACAGUGCGUAUCAAGAAGAAGUUGCUUUCUGGUUGAUGAAGGAAUACGGGGAUGAAAGUUCUUGGACGAAGGAGUUCGUUAUCCGAAAAAGCCCCGAUUUUGUUUGUGCUUAUGGUCAAUAUGCUGAACUUGUUAUUCCUAUCAAAGUUUUCGAGAAUGGCGACGUGUUAGUGACGUGGCAGGACUUGAAAAUGUUCUACUACUCAAACGAGACCAAAACUACUAAACGAAUGGAUGCGUUUGGAAGGUUUGAUGGUUUGACUCCCAUGUAUGCAAUGCCUUUUACGCCGAGCUUUCUAUCACUCGAGAAGAGUUUCCCGGCAGAGGAUGUAACCUCGUUCUCUUCAUUCGACUACCCGUUCUGAUGUUGUCGUUUUAGAAUAUCUAUCUAUAAUCGUAUUUUAGUUCGUGUCGAUCGUGUUUUGUGCUGCUGGAAAAGAGCAUUAGUAUCCAUGUUCGAAUAUUAAUGAUCAAAACUUUUUUGGAAGAUCGUUGAAAGAAUUAUUAAUCAUAUCUUUAUAUGUUUAUGAUGCA